AUGGCAUCUGUUCCUGCAGCGUCUGUCUUUUCUUUGCCCCUAGCCCCAUGGCAACAACCUUCUAGUGUGCGCGUGGCUCAGUACGAGCCUAGGAAGCGCAAGAAGGAUCUCAACGACUGGGGGGACGAUGAUGACGAUGUUGAUGGCGACACAACAGAUGCGGCAUCAGAGGCAGCUGCUUCUGGUCCGUCCCUCAUCCUCUCCCCGGAUGAAGCCCACCAAUAUCGCAUUGCUGGCCUUUCCUUUGACCAAGAACUGCCCGGGGGCAAUUUCCCACAUGCCCCGGUUAAAGAUCAACCGACCCGUCGGCAGACACGAAAUCAGGUCCUGAAAGAAUUGACGUCAUUGUCGUCUCCCAUUUAUCCUCCCCAGUCUGCAGCUCAUCAAGGGAAUCUUCGUCUUCAGCAUCUGGCUGUGCUAUCCUCCAUCUUGCACCGUUGCCUACUUCAGAAAGACUUCGUUCGAGCGGGCAGGGCCUGGGGGUUAAUCCUCCGUGAAGAAGUUGGGGGCACCCCAAUCGACGUUCGCACUGAAGGGAGAUGGGGCAUUGGCGCAGAAAUCCUGCUCCGACGUGACUGUCAGGUCUCGGACAUGACUCCUGAUAAUGCGCAGGAAAGUGAGGCAGAGCCGUCUGAGGCACCGUUUUCCAAAUUAUUAUUCACAAGGCAGGGGUUUGAAAAGGCCAAACAGUAUUACGAGACGCUCAUCAUUCAGCAUCCAUACCGAAAAGCUGCACCUGACGCUAUAAGCUCUCUACACUUCUAUCCUGCCAUGUUUGGACUAUGGGUGUAUGUCACCCAAGAGGAGAGCAACGUUUCUCGACAAAAAUUAUGGGACGCCCAUGGUGCUUCCCCUGAUGACUCGGAAGAAGAAGAUUCUGCGCCCGAUAUGCAACACCAUUCUAGCUCACGACAGAAUACGCAUGCGAUGGUUGCCAGUGUUAGGAAGAGUGAACUGGAACAGGCCCAGAAGAUCGCAGCUAGGAUGGAUGAGAUUCUCGGAUCCCCUCCGUACUCCGACUCCCCGGAGUUGCUGGAGCUCCGCGGAAUGAUAUCUCUCUGGAUCGCUGAUCUCUUCGUCUCAUCACUGCCAUAUGCGCGGACAGAGGGAGAUCUGGAUGGUUACGAUUCGGAUGAGACCGGUUCGUCAUCCGCGGAAGAUCUCCAAGACUCACUUCAAGAGCGGCGAGAACGCCGUCUUGCAGUUGAGAGGAAGGAAUAUGAGGUCCAAAAAUCGCAGGAUUACUUUGAAAAAGCCAAACAUCGUGGCAAGGGAGUCACCUCUACGUUUGGAGACCUGCAUAUAGAUGAUGAUGCUUCAUUUGGGUAUGCGGAUUAA